AUGAAGAAGGUGCUGAGCAGUGUUACAGAUGAGAUGCUGGAGGCACUGUUCUUGAAAGUGGACUCAGACUGUGAUGGCAGUGUCUCCUGGCAAAAGUAUGUAGAUUUCAUGAUGCGGGAGUUAAGGGUAAAGGAAGAGACCAGGAAGAACCAGUACCGUCUGCACUUCUACUUACCCAUGAGGAUCAUCCACCUGAAUCACGGAUGUGAGAUCGUGAAAGUGGAAUAUUUAAUCCAGCGCUUCAAGAAAAGUGGGGUUUUUCUGACUAUCACCAAAGAUGGAAUCUUGCAGUUCUGGACUGAGGCUUUCUCUAUCAUUAGCUCCUUUAGGCUUAAGGAUCUUCAGAAGCUCCACAAACAGCAGAUAUGGGUCAUCGAUAUGGUGUGCCUGCACAACAUGAACCUCAUCGCAGUUGCAUCCACUGAUCUGAAAAUUGAGUUCUUUGAUAUCAGUAACCAUAACUGUGUCCGGGCCUUCACCUUCUUUGACCUGGAUAGCUGUGUUCUGGUUAUGGAUUACUGGUCUGACUAUCAAAGAGGCGUGUUCUGCUAUGGGGACACCAAGGGCAACGUCAUCAUCUUCACCUCUGACGAUGUGACCAGUGGGUUGUUCAACCCCAGCCUCUUCCCCAAGACCACCAGAUUUGAAAUCUUGAGCAACAUUUCCCUGAGGAAACUCUUAAAAGAGAAGUCCACUCUGUAUAAAAGUUACCGACUAAGGGCUGUCCAUACCAACUGGUGUGAGCAGGUCAAGUUCAUUCCCCGCCUGAACGUGGUGGCCUCCUGUUCAGCCACCGAGAAGUCCUCUCUGGUGAUGAUAAUAUUGCCACCCUCUGACUCGGAGAGGCCCAAUCCUGACUGUGGGCCCCAGGUGGCUGAUACCCAUUUCUUGGCCCUAGUGACUGGUGGCUAUGACCCCCAUAUCCGCCUGUGGAACCCCUUGAUCUCCAAAAAGCCUGUGUGGCUGAUGAAGGGGCAUCAGACAUCAGUGACUCACAUCAUCAUGAAGAGUGAGAAUAGCAUCUUCAUCAGCAUCUCCAGGGACAAGGUGCUGGCCUAUGGAGAACACAUCCCUACCUCAUCCUUAGAAAAUGGGGGCAGGAAUCUAGCUCAGCCAAACAUCCGUGUGUGGGACCUACAGGACUACGAAUGCCUCCAGUCCUUCGGUGGGAAGACGUUUGCCCUGGGAAACUGUGCCAUCACCAGUGCCUACUUACACAAAGACAACACCUUAGUCUGUAGCACUUACUCUAUUGGGAUCCUUAAAGGGUACUUAGAGACCCAGGAGCCAAUAAAAGCAGGGCCGAAGACAACACACAGCACUGCCCUGUGUGCUGUCCUCUACAGCAAGAUCGUGAAGCAGGUGGUGAGCGGCUGCCUGCACGGUGAAGUGAGCGUGUGGGAUGUCAAGACGGGCAAGAAGAAGAUGGAGUUCUCUGUGACCAGUACUCAGCCCAUGGAGCUGACGGCCAUGGCCCUGGACGAGUCAGGGCGAUGUCUGCUCACGGGUCUUCGAGAUGGCACCAUGAUGAUGUGGAACCACAGCACUGGCGAGUGCCUGCUAACCUUUCCCAACCCAGACCAAAUGGAGGUGCAGGAACCUCUGAUUGAGGGCUUGGAGUCCAACGGAGACUUGAAGGAACAGAAGUGGGCGUAUAGACCCUUCUUGCAGGCCUCUGAAGCCAACUUCAAGACGCUGAGCAAUGCCAUCUUGAGGCAGAGCCUGACGUCGGCUCCCCCGGCCAUGAGGCGAGAUGAGCACGGCUCUGUGCUCCAGAUACCUCCGAGUACCUCCAGAAUCCGGCUGACAAAGAAGUCCCAUAGCAGAUACGUACCUUACACAGAGACUGAAAGGAAAAAAGGGGAAUUCAAGACAAAGUUGAUGAUGCAGUCCAGCACAUCAGUGGAGAAGAUAAUCUUCCUGCAGACCAGGUCUCGCCUGCCUCACACAGCUGCCCUGCUGAGCAGCUGCGUCAAUGGCUACAUCUAUGCCUGGUCCAUCCAUGGGAGUGGAGGCCUGAUGGGGAAGUUCCCCGUGGACUCAGAUAAUAGUGGGAGCGUCACUGUGAGCACCAUGGCCACUGACGAGGAUGACUGCAUCCUCAUCACAGGGGACAGUAAAGGAAAGAUUCGGAUCUGGGAUAUCAAGGAUUACUGCAUAUUUGUUGGGCAUCCCUCAACUCCACACAGUGUCAAAUACUCCAGUGAAAUACAGAACAAGUUCCCGGACUUAAUGCUUAGCCCCCAGAUCAGCACCCCGUACUACGUUCCCCUCAAGGAGAAGGAGGUUGUGGAGGGCCAGAGCAUUUCCCUGGUUCCCCCUAAGCUCCUGAUUACAUGGAAGGGCCAUUCGGACAACGUGACAGAUGUCAUGUAUGUAGACAGCUUCCAGCUGGUGAUCAGUGCUGGCCAGGACUGCAACGUCAAGGCUUGGAAACUCUCUGGUGAUGCCGUCGGGACAUUUGGCCUGAAUGUUUGGAAGAGACUACAGGAUGCCACGAUGGACAGUGGUUACAAACAAGCUGAAAACUCAGAGGAGGAAGACAUCAUAGACAGCGUUUCUAAGGCCCCCCAGCCGGAUCUGCAAAGGGAUCUAUAUGAGGCCCUGGCAUAUCAACGGCGGGAGCAGGCGGUACUGAUGGACCUUCUGAACCAGAGGCCUGAAAAGGAGGCUGAGGCAUGGGCCAAGCUGCAGAAGAUGGCUGUGACAUCACCGUGGCCUAGAGAGCACUCCCCGCAAGACAUCGAGGAGAGCUGGAACAAGUGGGAGUCUCAUGGCAAGCAGCUGAGUGAAGUCUUGGGAGCAUUCUACAAGCCCAAGGAGCACUCUCGGACCGGUAGAUUCCUGACCACCAGUGUGAAUUACGGCUGCAUGAAGCAGCAGAUCUCACCUCUGAUCUACCACAGCCUAUACGUCAACGAGCUGGAGCCCACCCAGCAGCUUCCUAACGUUAAUUUACUAACGUUCAAGAUCACAGAGCCGCAGGUCCAGCGUAUCAUCCACUGGGAUGAUGAGUCUACCCCGAAGCAGCCGCCGCCGCCGCCAGCCCUUCCCUCUCCUCUGUGCCCCCUGCCGCCUCGGCAUCAGAGCUGUUGGACUCCAUGUCUGCCUCACUGA